AUGAAAUACAGUGAUCGCCUGGAAGAACAAAUGUGUGACCGCUUGGUGGCAGACACUAAUGAUCUGACUCUCCAACGGAAGUUGCUGGAGGAGAAGGAUUUGACUUUUGCCGAGGUCCGCAAGAUUUGUGAGCAACAUGGUGACUUAAUGAAAACUACUUCCAACGACGCAGUCACAUUAUUUCAAUGGCAGAAGACACGACUCAGGAAGUUGCUGGAGGAGAAGGAUUUGACUUUUGCCGAGGUCCGCAAGAUUUGUGAGCAACAUGGUGACUUAAUGAAAACUACUUCCAACGACGCAGUCACAUUAUUUCAAUGGCAGAAGACACGACUCAACUGA